AACGACAAAAUUCAAAAAAUGUGGUCCUCCUCUGACUGUAUUCUUCCCGGACCACCGAGCCGAAGCAACCUAUCGGCUGCUGACCUGAGCCCUUCCGGCCUAUUGGCAUUUGCCUCUGGUUCUUCUGUCUCUCUUGUCGACACGCGCUCUCUCCAGCUCAUUUCCUCCGUCUCUCUCCCGUCUCCCAUCUCUUGUGCAUUUUCUACGGUCACCUCCGUUCGUUGGGCUCCUGUCCCUGUCCAGCGUGAUCUCUUCUCCUCUGAUCUCCUUAUCGCUGUGGGUGAUCACCUCGGCCGCAUUGCUCUCGUUGACUUCCGCCUGCGUUCUGUUCGUCUAUGGCUUGAACAAAGUUGUGACAGUGCUAGUGCUAGAGGAAAGAUCCUUGGUUGUGGUGGCGUACAGGACCUCUGUUGGGUAUUGGCUCGGCCAGAAUCCUACGUCCUCGCUGCCAUUUCCGGUCCGUCUUCUCUCUCGCUCUACACGGAUUCAGGACAAUUAUUCUGGAAGUACGACGCAUCGCCUGAGUUUUUAUCAUGCAUUCGGUGUGACCCCUUUGAUUCCCGCCAUUUUUGUGUCCUUGGCCUCAAAGGGUUUUUACUCUCUUUGAAACUUCUUGGGAUAACUGAGAAUGACGUCCCUACGAAGGAGUUUCAAAUCCAAACAGAUUGCAGCGAUCUACAGAAGCUAGAAGGGGAAGGUGUUGCUACCAGUAGCCACUCAACGUCUCCUGCAUCAACCGUUUUUCCUCUCUAUUCCGCAAAAUUCUCUUUCUCACCGCAUUGGAAACACAUCCUCUUCGCCACCUUUCCCAGAGAGCUUGUCGUGUUUGAUUUAAAGUAUGAAACAGCCCUCUACGUAGUAGCAUUACCUCGUGGUUACGCCAAGUUUGUAGAUGUUUUGCCUGACCCAAGCCAGGAGUUUCUAUACUGCCUUCACCUUGAUGGCAGGCUCAGCAUUUGGCGACGAAAAGAAGGGGAACAGGUCCAUGUCUUAUGUGGACUCGAAGAGUUGAUGCCAACGAUUGGUAAUUCUGUACCAUCACCAUCUCUUCUCACUCUUCUAAUCUCCCAAUUGGACUCAACCUUCCAGAAUAUGAGGACUAGCCAUUCAGAUGCUCUUUUGGAUAAUUCAGAGCUUGAGAUUUCUUUUGAUUUCAACAACGAUGCUUUUCUUCGUUUCAAAACACAUUUCAUAUCUAUAUCUGAUGAUGGUAAAAUAUGGAGUUGGAUCUUGACUUUCAAUGGAGAUGAGGAUUGUAAUCCUCAGACUAAUGACGAGCUGCUAGAGAGCGCAACUAAUGGCAAUCAAGAUCUCCCUCCUAAUAUAUCUUUCGAGAUCACAUUAGUUGGACAACUUCAGCUUCUCUCGUCCAUAGUGACUGUACUUGCGGUACCAACGCCUUCCAUGACCGCAACAUUGGCUCGUGGAGGGAAUUUUCCUGCUGUAGUAGUUCCUCUUGUAGCUUUAGGAACCGAAGCUGGCACAAUUGAUGUUGUUGAUGUGUCUGCAAACGCAGUGGCAGCAAGUUUCUCUGCACACACCAGUAGUAUAAGGGGUUUAAAUUGGCUAGGAAAUUCGAGACUUGUUUCGUUCUCUUGUAGUCGGGUGAGUAAACGAACAGGUGGAUAUAUUAAUAAGCUCGUCGUCACAUGUCUUAGGAGUGGCGUCAGUAGAGGCUUUCGAGUUUUGCAAAAGCCAGAGCGAGCUCCUAUAAGAGCUCUGAGAGCUUCAUCUUCUGGGAGGUAUCUUCUUAUUUUGUUCCGUGAUGCUCCAGUAGAAGUAUGGGCAAUGACUAAAAGCCCUGUGAUGCUUAGAUCACUAGCUCUCCCUUUCACAGUUCUGGAAUGGACUCUCCCAACUAUUCCAAGCUUAGCUCAAAAGAGUCUUUCAAAGCAGCCUUCAAUGUCUUCUAACCAGGAAACAAAUGGCACACCAGAUGACAUUGGAACUCCUAAAGCAUCAGAUUGUAAAGCUGUAGCUGCUGAUGUACUCCAAGAUGAUGCUUCUGAAAGUUUUGCAUUUGCACUGGUAAAUGGUGCACUUGGCGUAUUUGAGGUGUACGGACGAAGAAUUCGAGAUUUCAGACCGACAUGGCCAACAUCUUCUUUCAUCUCUUCUGAUGGGUUAAUAACUGCUAUGGCCUAUCGCUUACCUCAUGUUGUUACAGGUGACAAGUUAGGGAACAUACGGUGGUGGGAUGUAGCAUCCGGUAACUCCUCUUCAUUUAACACCUGCAAAGAAGGAAUAAAGAAGAUCAAAUUUUCACCUGUCUUUGCUGGUGAUAUUAGCAGAGGACGAAUUACAGUGCUAUUUUAUGACAACACAUUCUCCAUCUACGAUCUCGAUUCACCAGAUCCUUUGGCCAUUUCUCUUAUGAGGCCUCAAAUUCCGGGCACACUUAUACUUGAACUUGAUUGGCUGCCUCUGCGAACUAGCAAAUUUGACUCGCUUGUGUUGUGCGUUGCUGGAACUGAUGGUAGUUUUCGCCUGGUGGAGGUUCAUGUAGAUGAAAAAAUGACAGCCCAAAUAUCCUACACAAAACCUCCCAAGGAAAAAUUUCGACCUGUGCCUUUAUGCACUCCUAUGUUACUCCCCACACCACAUGCCCUGGCGCUACGGAUGAUCUUGCAGCUUGGCGUAAAGCCAUCUUGGUUCAACACUACUAGUACAUGUAUCGACAAACGACCACAUUCUAUUCCAGGAAGAACUUCAUCUUCUAAGGAUCUUCGCAGUUUCAUGAUUGAUUUCCCACCAAUCGGUGACCCUGCAGUGCUGGAAAUGUUUCUUAAAGUUUUAGAACCAUAUCGCUCAGAAGGCUGUCUUCUCGAUGAUGAGAAAGCAAAAUUAUAUUCCAGUCUAGUUAAUAAGAGUUGUGCUGCAAGAUUUGCUUUCGCGGCUGCAAUUUUUGGAGAAACUUCUGAGGCACUUUUCUGGCUACAACUGCCUUAUGCCAUGAAACAUGUAGUCAACAAAACAGCAACUAAGUCUUCGAAGAAGCAUUUUGAGGAGACAGCUACGCUAUGUAAAACUUCAUCAAAGGGGCCAUCAUCUACAGGAUUUGAGAAGAAUGGUUCUCUGAGUGAAGGUCAGCUAAGACUAAUGGCUUUUGAACAAAAAGAUUUAUGGGUAUGCGCUAAUGAGCGAAUCCCGUGGCAUGAGAAACUGGAAGGGGAAGAGGCCAUUCAGAACCGAGUACACGAACUUGUAUCAGUUGGAAACUUGGAAGGUGCAGUGAGUCUGUUACUCUCCACUUCUCCAGAUAGCACUUAUUUCUAUCCAAAUGCGCUACGUGCUGUUGCUUUAUCUUCCACCGUGUCAAAAUCCCUCGUUGAGCUAGCGGUGAAGGUAGUUGCAGCCAACAUGGUAAGGUCAGACAGGUCACUUUCUGGAACUCAUCUUCUAUGUUCAGUAGGAAGAUACCAAGAAGCUUGCUCACAGUUACAAGAUGCUGGUUGCUGGACGGAUUCUGCAACAUUGGCAGCAACACAUUUAAAUGGAUCUGACUAUGCGAGGGUGUUGCAAAGGUGGGCGGGGCACGUCGUGAACAUUGAACACAACCUCUGGAGGGGUGUGAUACUAUAUGUAGCGGUAGGAGCGUUUGAGGAAGCUUUAGCAGUAUUUCGCAAAGCUGAGCGGCCAGAGACUGCAGCUAUUUUCAUUAUGGCUUGCCGAGAAACUCUAGCAGAGAGUUGGAGCAUUGAUUCAGAGAAUGAAGAUGUGAUGGCAGUUACUGAAAGCUAUGCGUUGUAUCAGAGGAAGCUGGUGCAUCUAUGCAUGGAUUCACCUCCAUCUUUUCACUGACAUCUUGUGCAAUUGACUACCUGUGUAUACUAUAUUAUACAAGGUCAGUCCUUAACUAGUUAUCUUAUUUAGCAAUCGUUUAUGUUUGAAAGAAAAUGAGCUAAAGCUU